GCUGUUUCCACCCGGACAUAUUUUGCAGUGCAGGCACAUGGUGGAUUCCAGCCGCUAUAAAUGAACUGCAGUAUGUUCUGAGAUUGGCCCGUUAAAACACUGCCGUUAUAAUUUAGCUUUACUCUGAGGAAUUUCAGCAUAACCAGACCCUCCUCUACACAGCAGCAUGUUCACCAAAGCGUUCCGAGUGAAGUCCAAUACAGUAAUGAAGGGGUCGGACAGGAGGAAGCUGAGAGCCGACAUCUCUGCUGCUUUCCCAUCCCUCUCUGCAGACGACCUGAAUGAACUCGUACCGAACAAAGAAGAACUGAACGUUGUGAAGAUUUAUGCACAUAAAGGAGAGGCUGUUACUCUGUAUGUCAUCCAUAAGAACCCCAUGUUCUUUCAGAUGGAGAAACAGCUCUAUCCUACAGUGUACACACUUUGGCGAUAUCCUGAUAUGUUGGCAGCUUUCACUACAUGGGCUCCGGUAGUGCAGAAGUUAAUGGGUGGAGCAGAUCUCAUGCUCCCCGGGGUGGUGGUGUCCUCUGCUGGUCUGCCUGAUGUAAAGAAGGGGGACUGCUGUGCUGUUAAUAUAGUGUCCAACAGGGCUCCGGUUGCUGUGGGCACAGCUGCCAUGUCAAGCAGUGACAUGAGGAGUAGCGGGAUGAAGGGGAAAGGACUGAAUGUAUUACACACAUACAUGGACCAGCUGUGGGCUUUUGGUGACAAGACUGCUCCUCCUAUCAUACCGGUCACUGACACUUCAGUACAGGCUGAUGGAGAGAUGGACGGAGUGGAAUGUGGGGAAGAAGAAGAGGAAGAGGUGAUGAAAAACGAGGGGGAGGAUAGUGAAGGACAGAAUGGCUCUGAGAUAGCUGCUGUGGAAUCGUCUUGUCAAGGCCUGCAGGACCUCAGCCUCAGCAAGCAAGAGAAAGAGGAGGAGCAGAGAUUACACGAAGAGGAGGAGGAGGUGGAGGAGGAGGACUCUAGAUCACCACAAGAGCAGAUGGAUUCUCUGUUGUAUCAGUGUUUCCUUCACGCCCUGAAAACUAAACUGAAGAAGUCUGAGCUCCCCCUGCUGACCGGCACCUUCCUCCGCAAGCACAUGGUCUCCUGCUGUCCUAAAGGAAAGCACAUUGACAUCAAAAAGUCCAGCUAUAAGAAGUUUUCAAAGUUUCUGCAGACCAUGCAGAAGGAGCACAGUCUGGUUCAAGUAAAGGAGUUGAGUAAAGGAGUGGACAGCAUUGUGGAAGUUGACUGGAAGAACUCUGCGAUACGUUCCUUCUGCGUCCCAGAAGACUGGGAGCCAUCAGAGGAAAGUGGGGAGCAAGGAGAAAGCUGUGAGGUGGUCUAUCACCCCCCUGAAAUCACCCCCCUUUAUGUGGUCACUGCACGUCUUCAGCCACUCUUCCAGGACACUCAUCAAAAAAAAGGUGCUGUUCUUCAAGCUAGUGAAGUGAGGACCAUCAUCACAGAUUAUGUGAAAAGAAAUGAGCUCGUCCACGAAACCAACAAAAGUUAUGUAAAAAUUAACCCUAUACUGUGCGACUGCCUACUGGAGAAGUCUGAGUACCAGGAUGUGGAGGUGUUGAAAUGGGAUGACCUGUUUAGCAGGACUUUGAACAAGAUGCAGGCUUGCCAUCAGUUGCUGUUCCCAGGCCAGCCUCCUGUAGUCAAGAAAGGGCAGGUGGAACCCAUAGACGUCUCUGUGGCCUCCAGAGGUUCAAAUAAGAAGGUUACGAUAAUAAAAAACCUGGAGGGCUUUGGAAUAGACCCAGCUAUGGUAUCAGACACCCUGCAGCGUGUGGUCCAGGCUAGCGCCAAUCUCCACGACGUCCCUGGAGCCAAAGACCGGCAGCUGGUGCAAAUCCAGGGAAACCAGGUGCAACACGUUGGCAGACUGCUUCUAGAACAAUAUCAAAUUCCGCGCAGAUUCAUCCAAGGUUUGGACAAAGCUGCCAAAGCAGGCAAGAAGAAAUAGCACACGUCUCACACCAGUGACUGUAUAUUACUGUAACAUAGACGAGAACUACAGGCCCAUAUUCAUUAUUUGUAUAAAACACUACUCCAUGCCUCCAUGCUGCAUGUGCUCAAAUCAAUUGAAUUUAAUGUAGUGUCACUUUCAACCAUGAAAUAAAAGCCUAAAAACCCAUUUAUUUUUA